AUGUGCUCAUGUUCGCCGCCAACUAUCGACAGCCAACCAUCCACAUCGACAUACAGACCAGGCUUGUUGCCACCAUUUGGUCUACCGCAAACCGCGCAGCUUCCUACACCACAAAGUCCGAGCAAUCCCGCGGCAUAUGUGCCCGAGUUCGACGGCCCUUACAGUUCUCCGGUCCAUAUCCUGCAUCGAGACGCUCCCAUACCUGCGAAAACCUCGAUUUUCCCCCAGGAAGGCGUGCAAGCGUCGGCACCUUCGUUCAUGACUCCAGAGUCGAGCCCCAUAUUCCCCCGCAAAACGAUGCGACCGUCAACACCCGGUGCCGGUCGGUCUUCCAUCCCUCAUACCCCGGUGCGCCGUGCGCAUGGCCAUGAUCCCUCCGGCGGUGAGGGAUCGGCACUUGAUCACGCCACAGCCAUAGUCACAGAUACCAGCGUGCCACUCUCCCUCGCACCGGCCCCGAUCAUCUCCACGCCGGUGGACACCCACUCGCGCGGCUUGACGCCCGCCUCUCGCCUCUCUUCCCCCUUUCAGGACACGCCUACUGGUCCGCGGACGGCGAGGUCUCGGUCUAACUCGCCCGUGCUGGCCAACCUGCCCAUGGAUGGUAUCUUCACCUCCCCUCUCCCACCCACUCCCCUGCCACUUGCGACCCCAGUCCCUCAACGGGCCCUUGGUGGCGAGAUUCAGCGCAUACACCUACAACUGGCCGCCGGCCGCGCUGAACGGCUCCAGGAGACAGAGGUCAGGCGACCCGACUACCUCGUCCGCGAGAAACGACCUCGUUCCGAGGCCGAGAUUCCCCCCCUCGACGAGCUCGACGCCGCGGACGCCACCUUGGGAGUCACCGACAGCCCCGUCAAAGGCCGUCGACUGCAGCUCUUCCAGGCCACGAGCGAAGAGACGUUUGAGCAAAGCCUCCUUGCCGGCGGAUAUCCGGGUUACGGCCAGUCCCCUGCUUACAAGAACGGUGAGCCACAAACUCCGGUGCCUAACGGAAAGGGGCGCGGCGCGCUCUCUCAACGCGCGUUGCAUUGGCUCCACCAAGCGACUCCCGGACAGCCUGGACCGUCGACGGCCUCCCCUGUCGAAUUGGCCGAACCCGAGGAGCCUGAGUGGGUACCGACGGAGAAGGAUAUGAGGAAACGACGGAGGCUGGACGCGUUCCGAGACAAGGAGAAGGAGGCGGGUCCGAAGCUGUACGCCACGGAGGUAGAGGGUCGUGGACGGGUGCUGUCGGACAUGCCCCCAGAGGGCCUAGGUGCGCAACCAGAUACCCCUGUGAAGCGUCGCGUGAAUCGGCGGAAGCGCAGGCGGGGAGGGCGACGGGGCCAGUGUGCGGAACCGCAGGAAGACGAGGUGUUGCAGCCGAACUGGCCCGACGCUGUGUUCCCGUGGUGUAUGCGGGCGCAGGAGCGCACGCACACCGAGAAGAUGGAGGAGACGGAACGGCUGAAGUGGAUAGAGCGUUUCCUCGACCGCGACAGCGAGAGCGACACCGGUGAAGACGACCAAGAGCUCCGGCCUCCGCUGCAGUCGCACGACAACGACCAGGUGGCCCACCGUCCCGGGCGCGGCAAGAUGAUCCCGCUGCGCUCCAACUCCAGCGCGACCCGAGCACCUGGGGCAGAGAACACCGUGGUCCCAAGCGAUCCCGCCGACGCACGCGCCGCUCUACUCUCCAAGCGUUCAGUGCGCUCCCUCGCCAUGCGCCGGCGCGCCACCUCCGAAGACGUCGAGGAAGUCAAAUGUAUCGGCUGCCGGCGCGGCGACGACGGCUCCGAGCUCGUGCAGUGCGACGAGUGCCAGACCUGGUACCACCUCCCUUGCAUCGGCAUCAAGAACGUCGCCGAGCUCGGGCGCGAGGAGGACCCGUGGUACUGCGACCGCUGCCUCGAGAUCGUGCCCUCAUCCCCGCUCGAGCCCACCUUCGUCCCCACUGACGAGCGCGCGCUCGACCCCGCCCGGCGCGACUCCCUCUUUCUCCAGACCUCCCCCGCACCCCACUGGACGUCGCACGCCCGCACGCCACAGACGCCCGUCCGCGGCAGCAUCGACGGGCUCCCCGACGGCGCGACCCGCACGUUCUCCACGCGCUCCUCGUGGGGCGACUCGUCGCGCGCGGGCCCGUCGACGCCCGGGUCGUCCGCGCGCACCGUGCGCGUGUACACGACCCCGAACCCGUUCGCGCACGACGGCUUCGACCCCGAGACGCCGUUCGACCCGACGACGACGCCGUCGCGCGGGAUCCAGUUCAGCGGCGGGCCCCCGCCGACGCUGGGGCUGUCCACGCCCAAAGGCGGCGUCGCGCUUUGGGCCGGGCGGGGAGGGCAGACGCCGACCCCGGGACCGCGGCCGUCUGGGGCUGGGCUGAGGUCGCUCGGGUUGGGCGGCCGCGGGCGCGCGAGCUGGGACGAGGGCGCGUUCGCGAGGAGCAUAUAUUCGGCGGGGUACGAGGACACCCCAGUGACGCAUGCGCCGCGGACGCGAGAGCGCCUUGCGGGGCUCAGCGGUCGGAAGCUGUGGGAGACGCCACGGGGGCUUGGAGAGGCGGACGAGCGCGAGCGCGAGGUAGAUGUCACGAUGGAGGCUGAAGGUGUGUGCUCUCCCUGUAUCUCUGAGCGCGGAAGCUGA